CACGCACUACCCCAGCGAGCUGGCGCAGCGCCAGGCCUUCAUAGAGACGCGCCAGUGCGUCGAGGCGCGGCUCAACACGCAGCGCGAGAACCAGCAGCAGGAGCGGCUGCUGCUGUCGGUUCUGCCCCGCCACGUUGCCAUGGAGAUGAAGGCGGAUAUCGCGGGAAAACCCAAGGACUCCAUGUUCCACAAGAUCUACAUCCAGCGGCACGAGAACGUCAGCAUCCUGUUCGCCGACAUUUGCGGUUUCACAAGCCUCUCAGACCAGUGCACGGCCGAAGAGUUGGUACGCCUGCUCAACGAGCUCUUCGCGAGGUUCGACCGUCUGGCGGCGGAGCACCACUGCCUGCGCAUCAAGCUGCUGGGGGACUGCUACUACUGCGUGUCCGGCCUGCCGGAGCCGCGGCCCGACCACGCCCACUGCUGCGUCGAGAUGGGCCUCGACAUGAUCGACGCCAUCGCGCUGGUGCGCGAGGUGAUGGGCGUGAACGUGAACAUGCGCGUCGGCAUCCACACGGGCCGCGUGCACUGCGGCGUGCUGGGCCUGCGCAAGUGGCAGUUCGACGUCUGGUCCAACGACGUCACGCUGGCCAACUACAUGGAGAGCGGCGGACUGCCGGGACGCGUGCACGUGACCAGCGAGACGCUGCGCUGCCUGGGCGGCGACUACGCGGUGGAGGCGGGCCACGGCGGCGAGCGGAACGCCUACCUGCGCGACCACAACAUCGAGACGUUCCUCAUCGUGCCGCAGUCCGGCGGCGGGCAGGCGUCCACGCCCGCCUCCAGGGCCUCCGUAAAACGGCCGAACCACACGUUCUCGAUGAACGGCAGCGUGUCGAAGGAGAUGCGGAUGAUGGGACACGGGUCACAGUCCGGCAAGUACUCAAAGCUGGGCUACGGGGAGAGCCUGGAGGAGAAGGACCCAGAGGAUGAGGUGAACGAGUACCUGAUGAGGGCCAUCGACGCGCGCAGCAUAGACCGCCUGCGCGCCGAGCACUGCAAGAGUCUGCUGCUUACCUUCCGCAAGGCCGACAUAGAGGAGAAGUACUCCAAGGAGGGCGAUCGCAUGAUGUCGACCUACUUCUUCAGCUCCUUCUUCAUCUUCCUGUCCAUCAUGCUGGUCGAGCUCAUCAUCAUGCCACACUCAAUGCCGAUGUACGUCUGCAUGGCCAUUGGGGUCAUCGUCCUGGUGGCUGUCAACUACAUAAUCAUAGUCGACGGUUCUAAGUCCGCACCGGGCCCCAUCCGGAGGCUGUCGGAGAAGGUGUUCCAGGACCGUGCGGCAGCGCAGCUGCUGGCAGCCAUCUCGCUGGCCGCUACCACGCUGGUGGCGCUCUCCCCCCUGUUCGUGCGGCUGGAGCCGUGCCACCACCCGCGGCUGGACCAGUGGGCCUCCCCCAACACGUCGCGCUCCAGCGUGGCGGCGCUGGAGAGGCUCAGGCUCCAGGAGGAGGCGGGCUGCCAGGAGGCCUACGUGUUCGACUUCCUGACGCUGUGCGUGAUGAUGGCGAUGGUGAUGUGCGCCGUCUAUCAGAUCCUCAUCAGCCUGGCCAAGCUGCUGGUGCUCUCGUGCAUCUGCUUUGGCUACCUAGGUCUGCUGACACUUCAUGCCAGCACGCGGACGCGGCCGGACGACGAGCUUCCGUCGCGCUACCUGCUGGUGGUGGUGCUGCUGGGCUGCCUGGCGGCGCUGGUGAUCCACGCGCAGCAGACCGAGGCCACCUACCGGCUGGACUUCCUCUGGAAGCUGCAGGCCACAGAGGAGAAGGAGGACGUGGAGCACCUGCAGGCGUACAACCGGAAGCUGCUGGCCAACAUACUUCCGGUGCACGUGGCGCAGCACUUCCUGCGCGGCGACAAGAACUCCGUCGACGACCUGUACCACGAGCAGUGCGAGUCGGUGUGCGUCAUGUUCGCCACCAUCCCCAACUUCUCCGAGUUCUACGUCGAGCUGGAGGCGAACAACGAGGGCGUCGAGUGCCUGCGGCUGCUCAACGAGAUCAUCGCCGACUUCGACGAGCUGCUGUCCGAGGAGCGCUUCCAGUGCGUCGAGAAGAUCAAGACCACCGGCGCCACCUACAUGGCCGCCUCAGGGCUUACGAAGAGCAUGUGCGACCUGAAGGGCUACCGGCACGUUUCGGCCAUGGCGGACUACGCCCUCAGGAUCCGAGAACAGCUCGCGUACGUCAACGAACACUCCUUCAACAACUUCCGCAUCCGCAUCGGCAUCAACAUCGGCCCGGUGGUUGCUGGGGUGAUCGGAGCCCGCAAGCCCCAAUACGACAUCUGGGGGAACGCCGUGAACGUGGCCAGCCGCAUGGACUCCACGGGCGUGCUCGACAAGAUACAGGUCACGCAGGAGAUGUACCACAUACUGCACGCCAAGGGCUAUCCGCUCACCUGCCGCGGCACCAUCAAGGUUAAGGGCAAGGGCGAGAUGGUCACCUACUUCCUCAAUGGGUACGCCACCACGCCGGCGCCGUCGACGCCAGCGUCAUCAGAGCCGCCGCCGGCGCCCAGUGGUGAUGGUAACAGCGGUGGAGCGUCCGAGAGCUAGUUUCGGCUAUCCCAGAAGUAACAGUGACACCUGAAUGUCUUCCUGGCAAGAUACUGCAAGAGACCUAAUGAAAAUCUCUUCACAAUUUUUAUGAGCUAUGAACACAACUCUCUGAAGGAAUGUUAUCCUUUAUCCUGAACUUUACUGUAAUAAGAACAACAGGAAGCAUGUUUGCAAUGAAAAGUAUUUCUACUGGAAAGUCUCAAUAAUAUGACGUAAGAUGAGUGAAAUGAAGAAUGUUAUGUAAGUGUGGACUACAAUUAAGUAAGAGGACUUAUUACAAUAUGACAGGAUGAGUGAAAUCAAGAAUGUUAUAGUAGUUUCUUCCAUAAUUAUGGAGGAAACCAUCACAUUAUUGUUAUAAAGUGCCAAAUCAAGAACUUUCUAGUAUCUGUCUCAAAACAUUAAUGUACUCAGUGAAUAGUGUUAUUAUUUCAAACUAAAUGAAUCACAUAUGUGUUCCAUCAGUAAUAGAGGAUAGUAGUAAAUAUGUAGGUUCCAUCAUAUUUUAACAACAGCCUGUUGUAGAUUAAUAGUUUUGCUGAAAAACCUGGGGCUAUAGAGAUGUAUUGUUUACUUAAACACUUCAAGUAAGUUGGCUGCACUGAUGAUCAUUUAUCGACAGUUUAGCAAGUAGUUUUCCCUUUAAAUUGCUACAGUUCAUACCUAUUAUAAAUAUUUAAAUAAACUUUAUUGACAACAAACGGUACUUUAAGUUAGAAAGCCAUGUAACUGAGUGUCCAUACAGCCAAAUGAGAGUAUGUCUCCAAUGAUACCUUUAAGACAAAAUUGUAUUAUUUCCUGUCUCAAACGUUUGUAUGAGAUACUGCAGUUCUGGGUUUAAUAACAAAUGGAAACUUAAAUUUCUAUUGGCCAUUGUUUGGGAUAAUGUGUCAAGAAUUUUAAGAAGAGACUAGGAUCUCGUCUAAAAUGAUAGUUUUUCACAUGACACCAUUUGCAAACACAUGAACAUUUAGGUGGAAAAAUAAUAUUUGAGUGUGAAGGACUGGUUUAUUGAACAUUAAAGUGUGCUGUCACCAUUAUGUCUUUGAAAAGCGGUGCAGGUCACUUAAUUUAUUUCAACUUAUUUUAACUGGUGUAACAGUCUAAUUCCAAAAACAUAUUCUAAGAAGCUUGGAAACAAAGACAUGAAAAAAAAUACUGUGAAAUUAUUCCAUUUAUGAAAUGAGUGUUUAAAAACACAAAUUAUAAUACCUAUAUUAAAAGGAUACUAGUAACCACUGGUUCAAGAUCUAUGAAUUAACAACAUUUUAAACAUUAGCUGUAGAGGAAUCAACUGUAUUGGAAACGAAUUGAUGUCUUUUGAUGUUGUAAGAAUUAGUGUUUAUACUUGUAAACAUAAACUGUGUAAUCACUGAGAUGGAAGAAAAUCACCUAAGUAUCUGAAAUCUUUAGUGGGUGGUGUUUAAAACUAUUUUUCGCUUCACUCCUAUGGACCACUCACUGCCAAAUGCUCUGUACUUUUGGCGUCUUUUUCUGGCCUAAGCUCGAUGCCUCAAUUCUUCAUGGCUACUCAGUGGCCCAACUUUCUCAUCUUUCAUCCAAUCUAAUGGUGCUCUAAAGGAAUGACAGUGUAGCAAUGCUUUUUCUAUGUAUAAAUUUGUGUGUCUCUAGGUUUUUUGGCCUUCUGUGGUACAUGCAGUUUUCCAUGUCACUGCUAAAUAAACCAGCAUGAUAUGUGAACACUGAAGACAUGUUACACGAGAAGAUAUGGCAGAAAAGAAAGUACAUUCCAGAAAAUUGUACACUUUUGUGAUGUCUCUUUGUGUGUGUGUGUGUGUGUGUGUGUGUGUGUGUGUGUGUGUGUGUGUGUUUGAUUGUUUUUAGUAGAUGUUUACUCACCAAUCAAAUAGCAAACUUCCAAAUCAAAAAAUUGUUAAUUGUGAAAUGGACAUAAAUGUUUGAAAACAGGGUAACCAUAU